GUCACCUUGACCUUCAACUCUCAGUCUCAGUCCUGUGACAGUGUCAGUCAUCGCUCGCUCUUAUAUUAUAUCAAUUCAAAAAGUUAGAAAUUGAACUAAAAAGAAAAGACAAAAAUGGCGAUUAAUUCAGCCACUCGCUGUUGUUGUAUGUCACCACCGCAACAUCGCACUUCACUUUCUCGUUCCAUUCUUCUAACUCCCAAUUCCAAACCCUUUCUCCUCCGCCACGCUCCAAACCUCAGCCUCGUCUUGGUUCGCUCCCAGACUUCCGGUUCGGAAGGGUUUGGUUCAUCUUCUUCUUCUUCUUCCUCUGUCAUCGAUUUUCUCACUCUCUGUCACAGACUCAAGACCACAAAGAGGAAAGGGUGGGUUAACCAUGGGAUUAAAGGUGCGGAAUCCAUAGCUGAUCAUAUGUACCGAAUGGCUUUGAUGGCAUUGAUUGCUGCUGAUGUUCCUGGAUUGAGUAGAGAAAGAUGUAUUAAAAUAGCUCUCGUGCAUGAUAUUGCAGAAGCUAUUGUAGGAGAUAUAACACCAUCUGAUGGUGUGCCUAAGGCUGAAAAGAGCAGAAUGGAGCAGGAAGCUUUAAACAAAAUGUGUGAAGUUCUUGGUGGUGGGAUUAGAGCAGACGAGAUCCAAGAACUGUGGUUAGAGUAUGAAAACAAUUCGUCUUUAGAGGCUAAUGUUGUUAAAGAUUUUGACAAGGUUGAAAUGAUUCUACAAGCGCUGGAAUAUGAAAUGGAGCAUGGAAAAGUAUUGGAUGAAUUUUUCAUUUCAACAGCAGGAAAGUUUCAAACUGAAAUAGGUAAAAAUUGGGCAGCUGAAAUCAUUUCAAGAAGAAAAUCUUUAUCAGCAAAAAGAUUAAGUUGAAGAAUGACUUAUUCUGAUGGGUGAGAUUUGAAGAAUGACUUAUUGCCAAGAAUUAAACCUGAUUUGGAUCCACAACUUGGUCGUAGAGUUUUAACCUAAUUGAGAUGAGUUCUACAUAUGUUGUCCUUGUCUAAUUAGGUGUUCCUGGUUUAUAAACUGAAUUGAACUCAAAUAUAUUACCAGUUUGGUUCAGUUGUUAAACA